AGGAGUGCUGUGUGGUUCAUCAGGUGUGUUCCACAAGCAAGGUGAAGGGAUGGCAAGACAGAGAAAUACUGCAGGAGAGAAGACCUGCAGAAAAAUAGAAAUCGGAUGGCUUCAUUUUAGCAGUAAUGAAUACCGUCAAGUGAGAACCAGAAAUGGUGGAGGAACAAGACAUGCAACUGUGGAAAAAACUACAACUGUAGCUAAGAUUUUGGAAAUGGGAAAGGACCUGUUUUUUCCAGAUGGGAACUCGCCAAAAGGGAGAGUUGAAGACUUUGACAUUGAUGUCUGUGAUUUUAAAAGAAAUUCGAUUCCUUUAGAUGACACUGUUGGCAAACUUUAUGAACAAACCAAAUUGAAGAUCCUGAGAUUUUACAUUUGGACGAAAGAUGAAACACCGUCAACAGUUCAGUCCUCAUCUGUAGAGGAUUUUUCUGUCAGCAUAACUGAAGAAGAUUCACCGGUGACAUUACUUGGAUCUGACAGUGAGACAGAUGAUUUUGUCCCAGAUCUACUUGACCAUGGGGAUUCAUCUGACAGUGACACUGGCAAACAGAUUCACAAUUUCCAGAGGGAACCCAAUCCAAAAAAACUGAAAUCACUCUGUGAGGCAGUGACAACACAAAGUCCAGGAAAAUCACAUCAUAUGCAUUCAACCCCAACAGACAUUAAAAACACUGUCAUGGGACAGCGGCAGCAGAAUGACUCAAGUGAUCAUGAUUUCCCUGACCACUGCUCUGAAAUUAUUGAUCUGACCAGUAUAGUUCCUAAUAAAUCCUUCAAACUAGAGUCCCGGGACAAACUUCCAGAAGAUUUGGAAUUUCGUUUUCCAGACAUAGACGAAGCGGAUACGGUUCUAUGGAAUCCUGAAGAGGAUCUUGUCAGAGCAGAUGGUGAUGACACAGUUGUGAUAACCCUGAAUUAUGUCAACAGUGAGGAUCUCACACAGGUAAGACCAUGGACAGUUGUGGUUGAUGUGGUUUAUGUAAGUGUUACAAAAUAUGGAAAUUUAUUUAUACUCAAAUUCAAUGACUUGCAUAGUUCUGAUUUUAAAAAAGCUGAUCAUGCAUUCCUGCUUGGACAAAAUUUAAGCAUGUAUGUUACUUUCUGUAAUAUUAUUCUUUUGGAUCUUAAAAGAAAAAACCUACAGUACUGUGAAACACUUGCUCGAUUUCUAUUAAUCAGAAUUCAUCUCUUGUUUGUUUAAAACUUGAUUUUGUUGCAGCAAUAAUACAACAUUUUAAGUAGUAAGAAGUACAUCAAGAUCUGAUAAAAACCUGUGGAAUUCCACUGUAAUAUGUCUUUUUACUCUUGUAAGUGAGACAUAUAGGCUGAAAAUAAAGAGGUGUAUCUUUUUCUUAAGACCUAUUGACAUAUUUUGCAGACUUUUUAAGAACAUUCAU